AUGCAUGAUGAAGGACAUUGUUCGGUUGAUAAAAUGAUUCCUGAACGUGAGGACUCUACAGUAAGUUCGCCGAAAAAAUGCAUUACAAAUGGACAUUGCAUAGGUGUGGAGGAAAGAGUGCCGAGAAAAUUUAGACCUCAAGUUGAAGUACAUCUCAAGAAAGGAAUAAUUCUACUCACUCUUUACAGUGCAAAGUCGCAGUUGGAGGGAAAACUAUCAGAGCUGGAGGCCCUCAUCAAAAAACAAAAAAGCCUUCGGAACUGGAUCCCAGCGCAGAUGCAGGACUUAGUUGUAAGCGAUGAACUCAGAUGCCUUGCUGGUGAGCCUUUUCGAGCAAUCUCUAUUCGAAAAAAAAACCGGCAAAUUUCCAUUGCAGAGCUAAUCCAAGGCAUCAUGGUGGGUUGCAUGAACUAUUCGGAUGCUUAUCCACUUAACGAUAUUCUGGAUAAAAUCAGUCUAUGUGAUCAAAAUGUGCACUUUUACAAACUUCACUGUGAUGGAGCAAUGUCGCAAUCUCUUUCAGUUGAUGAAAACUCGGACGAGAACGCUAUGGGGUCACUUCUAUGGGAGUUGCCAUGCGCAGAAUUUGAAAACCUGUGGGAAAACCUUAUCUAUGACAAUGAUGUUAAAAAUGAGAAUGACGAAUUUUUAGCUAUUCUACCUUUUCUUCUGCUCAUGUCAUAUGUGCAUGCUCUGAUCCAGCUUUCUGAUAAAGGCGCCGACAUGAAAGUGAUCAAUUCCACCUUAGGUCCUCCCGGGACUGGUAAAACAACCCUCUGUCGUGGUAUAGCUCAACAUCUAUCAAUCCGAUUGAAUGCAAGUUUUUCAACAUCGGUGAUGGUGGAAAUCAACAGCCAUAGCCUGUUUUCAAAAUGGUUUUCCGAGAGCGGGAAACUUGUCCUGAAAAUGUUCGAUCAAAUAGACGAAAUGGCUGAAGAUGGCAAAUGCCUUGUAUUUGUGCUGAUUGACGAGGUAGAAUCACUGGGAAUGUCGCGUGACGCGUCGACAAGUCGAGGAGAUCCAGCAGAUUCGAUACGAGCUGUGAACGCGCUUCUUACUCAGAUUGACAGGAUCAGACGGCGCCCAAAUGUGAUCGUUUUGUGCACUUCGAAUCUUGAAGAUUGCUUGGAUCGAGCAUUGCUAGAUCGUGCAGAUGUGGUAAAACAUGUAGGACAGCCAUCUGCUGUCGCUCUAUAUUCCAUUUUGGCCAAAUGCAUCGAAGAACUCAUCAGGGUAGGAGUGGUCAGCUCAGAUGAGCGGCUGCCUUCUAUCAGAGAACUCAAAGACGAGGAGACGCUCUACCCUGCUGGAUGUGAACUGCUAGAGCUAGCGAAACUUGCGCAAGGGCUUAGUGGACGUUCCAUAAGACAAGUACCUGCGCUGGCAUGGUCUAAAGCUGAUGGGGUAAGUCGAAGUUCCGAAAAGAUUCGUACUUUGGUACUCAUUUGUCAGCAGCAGUAUUAUUGCUUGGUUUUUGAUUGA